UGUUUCGACCUAAUGAAGGUGUUAUAUUUCACUAAUGAGUUGACUGACUGACCAGCCCUCAACAGUGUACAAAUGGUUUGCUCUGGCCCAGCGGAGUUAGUAUCAGUGUAGCACCAGUUUUUCAGAUCUUGUUCUCAGACUGGAACCACUUUGCCACCCCCCCCUUAAUAAUAAUAAAAAAAAUAUAUCACAAACCAAAAGAUGCAAGGCAAGAGUGAGAACUGGACGGGCAAGUCCUCAAGAGAAGACCUGUCCUGCGAUGACUUGUUGUUUCUCCUUAGCCUCCUGGAGGGAGAAUUACAGGCCAGAGAUGAGGUUCUAGCCAUUUUGAAAUCAGAAAAGACAGAUUCAAGUCUACUGUGGGUUCACUAUGGUCUCAGGGGAAAGGAGAUGGUGCUCUGUGCCUUACAGAGAGACUCCCUCCUGGUCCAGCAAGACCACUUGCAGGAUAUGCAUGAAAAAUCUAUGACUGAGCUCAGUCACUUGGUUGAAGCCCAGAAAUGCUGCUCCAAAAAAAUGAUGGAGCAGCUUAAGAAGGUGUCCUCCUCUCACCGUGAGGCCCUACACAGACUUGAAGUGCAAGAGAAGAGCCACAAGGCUUUCAUCCGUAAGAGCAACUGCCUUGCCACGCUGCUGGAGCAGGACAGAGAGAGACUCAAGCUACUGUUGAUAAAGGAGAGAGAAUACCACAAAAUAAAGGAGGAGAAAAAUGAAAGAGAAUUAUCCAUUCUAAAAGAGGAGCUGGCCAAGCUGAAGGCGUUUGCACUUCUGGUUAUAAAGGAGCAACAAUCUCUGAGCAAGCUGGUGGAAGAACAGAAGCGUGAUAUCAAAGAUCUGAUCAUCAUCACUGACAUUAUUGAGCAGGGAGUCUGUGCUGCUAAACCCAGUGUAAAAGUGGAGGAGGAGCUCAAAUCCCCACAUCCACACAGCUGCCUAAAGCAGAGCACCAUGACAGCCCCAAGCCUGCUGACAGAGGUUGAGUUACUGAGAAGAAGGGUGGUGGAAAUGGAGGGGAAGGACGAAGAGCUGAUACGCAUGGCGGAGCAAUGUCGAGACUUGGACCAGAGACUAGUAAAGGAGACCAGCCACUGCCGUAAUCUGAAGGUUGAGGUGGAUAAGCUCAAUGGCAGAAUCAGUGAACUGGACAGGAUAGAGGAGGCUUUAAUCCAAAGCAAACAGGACUGUAGUAUUAUAAGGAGCAGAUUGGAGCAAGAGAAAGAAGUUGGCAAGAUGUUGUCUGGUGAACUUGAUACCCUUAGACUUAGGGUGAGAGAGCUUGAGGCUGUGGAGGCCCAACUGGAAAAGAGUGAAAUGGUUGUCAGACAGGACUUGGCCAAACUAAGGUCACUGACUGUAGCUUUGGUUGACGACAGAAAGAGUAUGGCCGAGAGGCUUCGACAAGCAGAAGAAAAUAUCAAUAGAAAGGAGAGCAAAAGAAAUGAGCAAGGUAAUUUGGCAACAAUGACAGAGAGACUAAGAGAGGAGAAGCAGCUGGCUUUAAAAUCUAUGGCAGAUUUGGAAGAGAAGAUUAAGGGUAUAGCAAAAGAAAAGGAUGAGCUUCAAGACAGACUAAAAACAGAGGAGAACAGGAAUAGAGAACUACAGAGUAAAAUAGUUAUAAUGAAGAGAAAGUUGCAUGUCUUUGACAACAGGAAAGAAAAAGAAGAGAAAUACACAUACAGCUCUACCUACCAGAGCCAAACAGAGGACAACAAGGUUAAAGAACUGAUCCAACAACUAGAUAAGCUUCAAAACAGACUCAAGGACAAUGAAAUGCUGGAGGGAGAACUGAUAAAAGUAAAGGAUGAUUUUGAGUCUCUGGAAAGGAGGCUGAAGGAUGAGCAGAGAAGGUCACAAGCUUUAAGAGAGGAGCUAGACGUGGCAAUGAAGGAGCUUUCCAGGUACAAGCAGACAGAGAAACAAGAAGUAAACCAGGAGCAUCUUCUGCUUUGCUGUCUUCAGAAAGAGCAGGUUAAAUCCAGACUCCUAACCAGAGAAGUAGACACCCUAAAGGAGAAACUCCAGAAGCUGAUGGGGGCAGAGGAAUCUAUCUGCAGGGUGCAGAUGGAUCAAUCCACACUGCAGAGAAAAUUGACCCAGCAGGAAGCUAAGAAAAGGGAGCUGGCCAGAGAGAUGGAGGAACUGACAAAUGAACUUGAUGGGUAUAGAAAAAUCAAGAAUUUGACACCUGGUGCCAAUAUAUCCUAUUCAGACCAUCACCAGACCAAAGAAGUACAAACUGAACCUGCAGAGAGCAUUCUCCCUGACAACAGCAGAAGCAGCAGGAGGCUAAAUAAAGAAAAUGUUAACAAGGAAUCAAAUGAGAAUACAGCGAGCACAAAAAGAAGAAGCAGCUCACUUGUCAACAGCCUUAACAGCUUGAACAAUGCAAAUAACAUAUGCCAGGCCAACAGCCAUUCAGAAACAGAUAAACACCCAAGUGUAAAUGGAGAAGUGAUGAUGCUAACACACACACCCGGGCAGCCUUUGCACAUCAAAGUAACACCAUAUCAUUUACUCAACACAGCAACACUUGAGAUUAGCAGCCCCUCUGGAGACACAACCACAUCUUACACCAGCACAGCUGUCAUCCCAACAAGUGGAGCUUCACCAAAGCAGAGGAUCACUAUCAUCCAGAACUCAGGUCCACCUGCAGUUAAUUCUAAAACCCACUCUUUAAGGCCCGACCGCACCAUCUCGCCACUAAACGGAACGCCCACCUCUCAAAUACUGAGUCCAAAUUCAUCACGUUGCGUUACGCCUGACAAUAACAACUCGCCCAUUCAAAUUGUCACAGUAAGGACCUGUACUCCUGAGCCAACAGAGGUUACAAAUCAGGCUAUCUUCUGCAAGACUCCAGAGCAGCCAAACAGCUGGCAACAUCAGAAGGUCAACAGCAAUGACACAAGUCCCAGCAUCAUCACAACAGAAGAUAGUAAGAUCCAUAUCCAUCUGGGGAGCCCAUUUAUCCAGCCUCUGAAUGGUAUGACCCACAGCACCCCACAACCUGUUGGGCCAUUCUAUCUUCGGCAUGAACAAAAGACUCAUGUAGUCACUAAUGGCUGUCAAGUAAAAGGUGUUGGAAAGAUUAUGAGUAGUAUUACCAUAUCUCCUGCUAAUGCUUCAGCGUCCCACUCAAACAUUUCAGCAAGUGGUCUUUGUGAUUAACCCGCUUUAUUCAUAAAACCUUGGUUUAGGCAAAAAAUUGCAGGAUUUUAAGAGUUUAAAUGAGAAAGUGUCUGUCUUAUUCCAAAACUGGACAACUUGACCCAACACACCUUACCUAAGAAAGCCCAGAGUCUGGAAUAACAUAUCGCAAAAGCCUCUGUAAAGCCUACUUACUUUAAAGACACUUUAUGUGUAACAUUUAAGCGAGACAUCACUGCAACUAAAAAUUGAUAUAUUUUAAAUACUUUUCUCCUGUUCAAUAAAAG